AUGGAUGCAGGUCCAUCUGUGCGAUACCCAUCCACAUUCCCCACUGUUAGAAGCGAACGUUGGCACAUAUCUCCGUAUCGUCGUGAAUCUUUCAACUCCAUUGAUACUCAAAGGAUAUCUCCGGAUAGCUAUGAAGAAGUUAAGAAGCUUAUCCUUCUGGCUGGUAUUUUCUUCAUGGUCGCGAUUUUAUUCUUCUUGAUGAAACUCGAAGUGCCAAUAGACGAUGUAUUCAAAUGGUCACCAAUAGUUUGGCUGAUUGGUGUGCUAAUAUGUUGUUUAUUAUUGAAUUUCUUGUGCUUUUGUAGGAAAUUAUACAAAAGAAGACAACUCGCACGACUGAGACGACAGCAAGAAUUGCUUUUAUCCCUGAAUUUGGCUACCUCAUUUCCUUGCUUAGCACCACCGCCACAUGACGCACAAUGUUGUGGUGGAAAUCGUUUGUUAUGGCCGAACUUUAGACGAACCAGUACCACAUCACUGCCCUCAUACACACAAGCACUUAGGACGAGUGUGCCUCUGAAGGACUCAAUGGCAGAGCUGAGAAAUGCAGAAGAGGCGAAUGCACCGUCAGCAAAUCAGAUAGAGGACGAUAAACCUCCACCACCGUAUGAUGAGGCGUUGAAAAUGUUGCGGAACAAGUAG